AACACUGAAUCAAGCUCAAGGUCUUUGUCCUUAUUUGCUAAGCACUCACUGGCCUGGGCCCAGGAUAAGUAAAAGAUUGCUUAAAGCACUGGGAUGAAGAUCAUGGUCAACAUCUGAGGAACAGUGGAGCUUUCUACCUUAAGGAUAUAGCUAAUCUAUGCAGAAGACACAGCUGUCUGUGGGCCAGUCUGAAGCUGGGGAAAGAACUCCCCCAAGAACUAAAGACCAUCCCAAACCUCACCACCUUCUGCUCCAAGUUGAUUUCUGGUUUCCUGGUUUGCCUGAGAAGUCUCACUUCUAAUAGUCUAUACCAGAAGAAUCCUCCAGCCAGAAGGGGCCCAACACUGGAUUCUUCCUCAAGCAAAACUCCUAUUGGGUGGAAGACUGGAGUUCAAUCUGCAGUUUCAAUGGAAGAAGGCCAAGAACAAGAUCCUGUAGCUAGAGAGAUUACGGCAUGGACGUUUCUUUCUCUUCCCCAAAUCAGUGCUUUGUCAGAACAAAAUAUAGAAGGGGUUCAAAAAAAACUGGAAGAGUUUCUGAAUUUCAGACAAAUUAAGACAUCUUUGAAGGAAGCUGUUUUACUAGAUUAUUAUGUGUCGGGAUUUUGGUGGGCUAAAGAGAUGGACUUCACUCAUCUACAGCUCUCAGGAUUCAUGGCCAUCUUAGACUUUCUGUUGGAGAACCUCAGCACCAAACAUAUUACGCUAGAAGACAACAUAAAAGAGCUUGGGAGAGCAAUGGCUGGAAUAGGGGAGUCUCAUUCAGAAAAAAGUGGUGGCUUGGAUUUCUUCAGUGUUGAUCAAGCCAAGGCUAUAAUCAGUUACUUGAAGAUCAGUUUAUUUCAACACUAUAAACUAUAUGAAUAUCUUUUCCACAAACCCAGGGAAGAACUUGUAAUAGGCGAUGAGCAGAAUGUGGUUGAACUUGUCAAACCAAUGGAUACACUUUUCCCUGCUCCGCUAGAAGAAGGUAUAUCUUACGAUAUGUAUUCAUCAUUUAUUGCAUUACCCCCAGAAUCCGAGGUGGAAACUGAGGAAAUCAAUCAAGAAUGUCAUCCAGAAGGGCUCCAACCAGAAACAGAAUCCUUGGACAUAGAUCCUAUGGCUGGGUUCACCAUUGAAGAUGUUAAGUCAGUAUUGGGUCAGGUCACAACUGAAAUUAUUGGCAGCCUUCAGACUGAGAUAAACGAAAAACUGCAAAUGCAGGAAGAGGCUUAUACUGUGAGAAUAGACAAAUUAAAAAAUACCUGAGUAGCUAGACAAGAAGUGGUGCCGAGCUUUAGAGAAAUCUACGAAAACAAAAGAAGACAGUUGGCAUUCAUUUAAUUUUUUUUUUACAAAGGAAACUAUUGAGCUAAUGUUUGAGAAAAUAUUCAUCCAAAUUUAACAACUUUACUGUCCUCAUUAGCAUUUAUAUUUACUCUAUACUUAGUAAGAUAAAAGGAUUAGAAGGAUAUGUAGUUCAAAAAUAUAAAAGUGAAGUCUACUGCUAAAUAGCAAUUUCUGAUAAAAUUUUAAACUUCUCAGUAAUUCCACUCCUUUGUGUUCCUCCUAUUAUAAAGUACUUUUAAAUAUGAUUCUAGCAUUCCACCUCCCACUCCCCCCCCAAUCUACAAUAUUUUCAUAAAUUUUCGCUGAUGGAGAUGCAUAUUGUUGGUUUACAAUAGAGAACACCAUAUGAAAACAUUGCGGAUAUAUUAAGGAGAGAAUGUCAUUAACAUGUAAUUAUACACUUUUGAUCUACGAUUAUUUUCUUAAGUUCAUAUUAAUUUUUUUGCUGAACUUGCUAAAAACUCUAAUAUCAUAUAACACUUUUUUAUGUCCACCAUAUCGAAAUUACAUAAACAUAGGACUGGAUCCUACAGUUCUUUCUCAGACAUAGCUGCUUCUGACUUCAAUAGGAGUUUUGUCUGAAAAUUUGUAACACUUUAAUUCUGACUGUAUUUGUUACUUCAAUAUACAUUAGCAUUGUUCUGUAUUUUGUCACAUAUUGUAUAAAUGUUGGUUAGCC